AUGCCCGCUCGUGUUUCUGACAACUCCGUCCAUUCGCAUACUGUGGAGGUAAUGGAUGAGAUAAAACCUCUCGGUUCUUGCUUCACGCCGACAAAUAAGGGGCAAAUUCUGCAGUACGCCAUCAUUGCACUGAGGUAUCAGAGGAGUCGGCAAGAUAUUACAGUUUUUCUGAUGGACUGCCAUGGCAUUAUGUUUGUCCGAACUGUCAACGAUGAGGAUGAAGAGCAGCCGUACAAGGUAUACUAUUCCGAUCAAAUGUAUAUCAUAAGUUCAUCUCAUGAAUCAGGCAUUGGAGAAAAUAGCGGACCAAUGCAUAAAGACAGUCACGAUAAAUCAAUCACGAACUUUAUUGAAAUAAUUAAGGCUACAAAAUCGUGGAAGAAACCCUCUCCCCAAGAGUUUACAAACAGAAAUGAUGUCUUUUUCUUCAUAUGCCAGCUGUACGAAGCAACAACUCGCAACGCCGAAACACAUUCCGUCUUCAAACUAAGAAUAUUUUCCUUACGUACCCCGGGCAGAUGUCGAAAAAGAGGCUUUACGUGA